CUGUCCCAAAAUUGCUCUUCUUCUCAUUUCACUACUCUCUUCAGUUUUCUUGGAAAACUAAAAGAGACGCACUUCUCUCUCUCUCUCUCUCUCUCCCCUUUUUCUCUCUUAAAAACAAGAAUCAUUUUGGCAAAUCAAAACAAAAUUUUCUUUGCUAAGUCUCACAUAUUUGUUUCUUGUGUUUUUAGAACUGAGUCAAUACUAGAGGGAAUUAAAAGAAAAGGCUUGUUAUAGUUCUUGUUCCUGUUUUGCUUUCAAGAAUGGAAGGUGGUGUGCCUCCAGGGGUAGAUCCUUCUGCUUUUAGACAGCUGUUCUCUAUGAUAUGGAGAAAUCCUUAUAUUUUUCGUCUUGCUGUUUCUGCUGGCAUUGGUGGUUUUCUCUUUGGUUAUGACACAGGAGUUAUUUCUGGUGCCCUUCUUUACAUUAGAGAUGACUUCAAGUCUGUUGACAGGAAAACUGUACUACAGGAAACCAUCGUGAGCAUGGCAGUUGCUGGAGCAAUCAUAGGAGCAGCAACUGGUGGUUGGUCGAAUGAUCGUUGGGGAAGGAAAAUUACGCUGAUUGUGGCGGAUAUCCUGUUUUUCAUCGGAGCUGUUUUCAUGUGUGCUGCUCCCGGCCCGAUACUUCUCAUCAUUGGUCGAGUUUUUGUUGGACUUGGUGUUGGAAUGGCUUCAAUGACAGCCCCUCUGUACAUUUCUGAGGCUUCUCCUGCAAAAAUUCGAGGUGCCCUUGUCAGUACCAACGGACUUCUCAUUACUGGCGGCCAGUUUAUUUCUUAUCUUAUCAACCUGGCCUUUACUAAGGUCCCAGGGACAUGGCGAUGGAUGCUUGGAGUUGCAGGACUUCCAGCUCUGUUGCAGUUCAUUCUCAUGAUAUUUCUUCCAGAAUCACCCCGUUGGCUAUACCGCAAGGGUAGGGAAGAAGAAGCCAAAGCCAUUCUGAGGAAAAUAUACCCUGCUGAAGAAGUUGAGCAAGAAAUUAUGGAUCUAAAGGAUUCAAUUGACAAAGAGAUUAUGGAAGCAGGAGAUUCUGAGAAGAUUAGCAUCAGGAAUUUAUGUAAAACCAAAACAGUGAGAAGAGGGCUAAUUGCUGGUGUCGGCCUUCAGGUUUUCCAGCAGUUUGUAGGAAUUAACACAGUUAUGUACUAUAGUCCUACUAUAAUUCAGUUGGCUGGUUAUGCAUCCAACCAAACUGCUCUGCUGCUCUCACUUGUCACUGCCGGACUCAAUGCAGCAUGCACUGUCUUCAGCAUUUUGUUUAUUGACUCUUUUGGAAGGAAGAAGCUGCUGAUCGGAAGUUUAAUUGGUGUAAUAAUUUCACUUGGUCUUUUAUCAGGAAUUUUCCAUGAGACUACGACUCACUCGCCAAUGGUUAUGCCUGCUGAAUUUCGCUAUGCAAAUUCUACCUGCCUUGAUUACGCUUCUGCUAUAAAUGCUGCUUCUUGGGACUGUAUGACAUGCUUGAAAGCAACACAUCCGGACUGUGGAUUUUGUGCUUCAAGUACUGAUAAGUUACAACCUGGGAUGUGUUUAGUAUCAACUGAUGCAGUAAAGGAUCUUUGCCAUAGCGACCACAGAGAAUGGUACACUAGAGGAUGUCCAAGCAAAUAUGGAUGGGUCGCCCUAAUAGGUCUGGCAGCAUAUAUUAUUUUCUUUGCUCCAGGAAUGGGUACAGUGCCAUGGAUUGUAAACUCUGAAAUCUAUCCUUUAAGAUUCAGAGGGGUUUGUGGAGGUAUAGCAGCCACAGCAAAUUGGAUCUCCAAUCUCAUUGUUGCUCAGUCCUUCUUAUCCAUGACACAGGCUAUUGGGACUUCGUGGACAUUUUUAACGUUUGGAGUAAUAUCAGUACUAGCCUUGAUCUUUGUCUUAGUCUGUGUACCUGAAACAAAGGGGCUACCGAUCGAGGAGGUCGAGAAAAUGCUGGAGCUCAGAUCUCUACAUUACAAGUUCUGGGAAAAGGAGUCUGAACAUGAACUAGAUGAGAAGAAGCCUUCAGAAGCCUAAUUUUAGUGGUAGACUAAAUAUAUGAUCAUAGUAACUCAUAGAAGAUACAUAACUUUCUUGACAUAUGAAUUUGUCCUCCUAAUUUGAGCUUUUGUUUGGAAUUUUUGACAAUGCUCAGAAUAGUUGCCUAGAUUAUUAUUCAAACUAGGCAACUAUAGAUGUAAUGAACAUGAAUAAAUCUCCUAUACUAUACA